AUGCUGGCAGGCGAAGCUGAUAACUGGUGGCUAGAGACUCGCCAGCAGUUAGAAACUAUAGGUGAUGUUAUCACUUGGGCUAUCUUCAGUAGAGAAUUUAUGAGGAAGUACUACCCUGAAGAUGUUCACGGGAAGAAAGAGAUUGAAUUCCUUGAGCUGAAACAGGGGGAUUUGUUGGUUACGGAUUAUGCUGCAAAGUUCGUAGAGCUGGCAAAAUUUUAUCCUCACUAUAAUGAGGCAACUGCUGAGUUUUCAAAGUGUAUCAAAUUAGAGAGUGGUUUGCGUCCAGAAAUCAAGAAGAUCCUUAAUGAGAAGCGAGGUAAGCACCAACAGAACUGUGGAAAACCGUAUGAUGCUCCAGUUGGUAAGGGUAAACAGAAGACUAUUGAUGGUCAGAUAACUAGUGGGGGAGAUGCUCAUACUGGUAUUGUAUGCUUCAUGUAUGGGAAACCUGGUCAUAUGAGCAAGGCAUGUACUACUGAGGUAAAAAGGUGUUUUCGUCGUGGUAAAGUCGGGCACACAGUGGCUGAAUGUAAGCAUAAGGAGGUGCUUUGCUUCAACUAUGAUGAAGAAGGGCAUAUUGGUAGUCAGUGUCAAAAACCGAAGCUGACACAAGCUGGUGGGAAAAUGUUUGCUCUAGCAAGGACUCAAAUAGCUAAUGAGGACAGACUUAUUAUAGGUACAUGUUUCAUUGAUAAUACUCCUAUAAUUACUAUUAUUGACACUGGUGCUACUUAUUGUUUUAUUGUUGCUGACUGUGUGAAGAGGUUGGGUCACGUUUUAUCCUCUAUGAAUGGAGAGAUGGUUAUCGAUACUCCAGCUAAUGGGUCGGUGAAUACUUAUCUUGUAUGUUUGAAGUGUCAUCUAUCAAUGUUCGACAGAGACGUUGCUUUGGAUAUAAUUUGUUUACCAUUGAGUGGUUUGGAUGUGAUCUUGGGUAUGAACAUGUUAGAGUCCAACUAUGUGCAUAUUAAUUGUUAUAAGAAAUCGGUGCGGUUUUCUACUCCUAACGAGGGGAAGGAAACUGAAUUUUUAUCUGCUAGACAGUUGAAUGAGUUGAUGAAAGAUAAAUCUCAGGUGUUUGCGUUAAUGGCCUCUUUGUCCGUUGAGAAUCAGGCUGCUAUUUAUGAAUUACCGGUAGUGCGGGAAUUUCCUAAAGUUUUUCCUAAUGAAAUUCCAGAUGUGCCGCCAAAGAAAGAGGUGGAAUUUGCUAUUGAUCUUGUUCCUAAAGUUUCAUUGAUAAGAAUUGCUUAA